AUGCUAUCUCGACAGUUCUCUAUCAUAGCUAGUAGCCUGCUUCUUGGGCUCGCCAGUCCAGCUCAGGCAUUGCCGGGAACCAACUUGGAAAUACGGGGUGAUCUGCCAUUCCCUGUUUCCGACUUUACCACAACUGUGGGAUCUGUCCAGAAUACCUAUUGCGGAUCAGCAGCGAACCAGCCAGGACAGAAAAUUGGCGACCAGACGUUGCUUAAGGCUUACGGUAACGGAGAUAGCACCCAGCGUGCCAAUAUCUAUUACUCCAACAGCUUAGGCAUCAUCGUCGCUUACGAAGGCACCAAUCUCUCGAGCCUCACAUCCAUUGUUCACGACGUUGCAGCUGUCCAGACGGUUCCCGCGCUCGAUCUUGGCAUCCCCGCGAGCAAUCUGGUCGAUGCUGGUUUUCAAAGUGCUUGGUAUGCUACCUGGGCUGAUGUCAAGCAAGGUCUGUACGAGGUCACGGCGCAAUACAACUCCAGCAAUAUCGUCGUGACAGGUCAUAGCCUAGGGGCCGCCGCUGCUUUGUUCGCUGCUCUUGCCAUUCAAAAGGAAUUCGGUAUCGUUGACAAAGUCAUUGCCUACGGCGUACCGCGGGUCGGCGAUCCGGCCUUUGCAAACAGCUUUGACCAGGUGUUCCUUGGAAAAUACACUGGUGUAACCAACGGGAACGACUGGGUUCCAUCCGUGCCCUAUCAGUGGAUGGGGUAUCGCCAUCUCUCGGGCAUGGUAUGGAUCAACCCGGCGAACACAACAUCCUGGACAUUCUACCCGGGUCAGGAGAACCCCAGUGGGCCGCAGGCUGCGGGCACUCCGGAAUAUUUCUACCCCGGAACAGCGACUUUAUAUUUCGGUGAUCACCAAGGAAUUUAUAUGCACAACUCUAUGGGCACUGUUUACGGUCCUUGUCCGGCCGCCGCGGGCGGCUAUUAA